AGGAAAAAAGUUUGGGUGCGGAACAGGUCCUUGCUCUGUGGAACACACCCAAACUUACAAGCUUUCCGUUUUUGAAGCUGUAGCCUCUCCCUAUUACCUUACAACUCAAGGCCAGAGAUAGAGACAACGUGUGUUGGUCAGCCUGAAAAGCUGUCGAAGUUCCCUUGGCCUUAUUUUUGUGCUAGUGCCCGUCGGUACCAGCUGGGGUCACGUUGUUUAUCACGAGUUUGAUAUGAGAACCUUUCUUUGUUACACAUUUAUUGUUUGUCUUGAACUAUAAGUUACAUUGUGCUUGUUGAAAUUGGUUUCGUUUUUAUUUAAUACAGAAGACUAGUGACUUUCGAGAUGGAUUACUCGCAUAAAUCGUACGCUGACAAAGUUGCAAAGAAAGACGAAGGAAUGUUAGUAGCCCCUGCAGGGGAGAGAAACAAACAGUACAUUCUUGAUGUGCUGCAGAGUUACCUGCCAGAUCCAGGUGUCAAGGGUCAGGUGCUGGAGAUAGCAUCAGGACCAGGCCAGCAUGUUGCCUUUUUUGCUUCUCAGAACCUGCACAUUACUUGGCAACCCAGUGAUUUAGAGGAGGAAUAUCUUAAAAGUAUUUCAGCUCACAUCUCCUCAAAUGGACUUGACAAUGUCCUACCGCCCAUUCGCCUUGAUAUUACAAAGCCUGAGCACACAAGUACCUUAGCACCAAAGUCUUUAGAUGUCGUCUUGAAUGUUAACAUGAUUCACAUAUCACCUUGGGAGACAUCUCAGGGUUUAUUCAAGACUGCUGGUUGUGUCCUGAAAUCUGGAGGAGUUUUAUUCAUGUAUGGGCCGUUCAAAAUUCAUGGCAGCCUAACUCCAGACAGCAAUGUCCAGUUUGAUGCCAGGUUGCGCUCUCAGGAUUCCAGAUGGGGCAUUAGAGACAUUGAUGAUCUGGAGAAUCUUGCAAAAGAGAAUGGUUUGAAGUUUGAGAAAAUGGUUGACAUGCCAGCAAAUAACAAAUGUACCAUAUUCAGGAAGGAAUGAGCAGUGACCAGCAUGUUAUUGCUAUCCACAGACUAUACAUAUUCUUUUUUUUUUUUAUCAUCAGUUUGACCUAUGAUUUAUGAACGAGGAUAUCAUGAAUUUUCAUAGAGGAAAUGUUCUUCUUUCAUUCAUAGAAGUCUCAAUAUUUGCUCCAACCCCCCCCCCCAUUUCAAUUUAUUACUUCUUUUUUAAUUUUCUUUUUGUUAUAUUAAAUUGUUUUAUUAAUAAAGUCCUGAGUCCUUUUUCUUCUGCAUCGAAUUUUGAAUUUGGUUGUAGCGUGUACCUUGCUUGUCACAGGUGACAUUGCUAUGACUAGGGGCAAAGUUUUUUUAUAUAUAUUGUCUUAAUGAAACCUUGAUUUCAUUUCCAACACCAAGUGAUUUUGUAUUGUUCUUUGAUUGAAAAAGAAAUACAUGUGAAAAUGGUGAAAUAGUAUAGGUUUAAUGCCCCUAUCAACACUAUUAGGUCUUUUAAGAGGCGUUACCUCCUAGUUUUAACAUCCGACUCCGAAAGGACCGAGCCAAACAGGAAAUUCAUGUCAGGUGCCUUUCCCAAGGACACAACGCCGGACCAAGCUUACACCCGAACCUCUGAAUCGCAAUCUCAUGAUUAGGGCUCCGGCAGCCUCACCAUUAGGCAACUGAUGAUGUCCCCUUGGGACUAUUAUAUUACUAUCAAUUAUCAUAAUAUUUUGUUGUUAAACUUUAAAAUUUACUCUACACAUUUUUUUAAAAAGUUGUCUUGUAUCAUCACAGACACUGUUGCCACUCUCAUACUGCUUUUCACAUUCCCUGGCUCUCAUUUUGUCAUCGUUUAAUAAUAAAACAUGUGGCAAAAAGUAAACAUUUUUCUAUUGCUUGUUAUAAUAAUUAAUUUGUAUGAAGGUACCUGUCAAUUUCUUCUGAAUGUGGAUGAGCAACAGAUGGCAAAAACUCUCAACAAUCAACACUACUGUUGUUGCUUUUCUACAUUGUUUUUGUGUUGUCUUACGAUUAUGCCGCCUGUCAGUUACCUAGAGAUUAAAAAUUGACAUUGAUUGUUUAAA